UCAUGGAAAUCCAAUCAUGGCGGAGCUGAAACCGAAAAAAUAUUUUAUUUGAGAAAUUUUGGUUGUUUAUUGGAGAGCUGUGUGUUUUUGAUAAAAUCAGGAGUGUGAAUUGAUUAAUCACGCAACGAUGGUUGUACAGGAGCCAGUCCAGGCUGCUAUUUGGCAUGCGUUGAACCACUAUGCCUAUUCAGAUGCCGUGUUCUUGGCAGAGAGAUUGUAUGCAGAGGUGGGCAGUGAUGAAGCGUUGUUUAUGCUCGCCACAAGUUACUAUCGGUCGGGUAAGCCUGUCAGGGCUUACUCAUUACUGGAGAGUAAGGGAUGUACAACACCACAAUGCAAAUACCUCAUGGCUCGGUGCUGCAUAGAUAUCAACAAGUUACAAGAAGCUGAAUCUGCCAUCUGCGGAAACAUCUUAUCAAAAGGAAAAACAGAGGAAGACAUUAUCAAUGAAUUUGGAGAGAUGGCACCGUAUACACUCUCGUUGCUUGGCAACAUCUACAGACGGACGGAACGCUUUGCGAAAGCGGCAGAAAAUUACAAACGUACCAUGAAGCUGAAUCCAUUCUUGUGGUCAGCUUUUGAAUCUUUGUGCCAAAUAGGUGAGAAGCCUGACCCGGCGAAAGUGUUCCAGAACAACGAAACAUUCACCGCCACACAGAUGCCGAUCAUUCACACUUCAACAGCAACCGAUACGAUACUCUCACCAGUAGAAACACAUCAUCAUGUAAUUGAAAGCACGCCUAUUGAGAACAUCAUUCACCAGUCUCUUCCUCCGAGUAUUCAGACGCCUGAAAACACGCCGCUUGACUUCACGGGCAACUUUCUCUCACCCGAUCCGCAUGUCUUUAAUCUACCGAUUCCUCCCAUGGCACCAACUACGCGGAGAAAGCGACUCAUGCCAAAAGCUGGUCGGAGUUUGCUUGGGGGGCCUGCAGCUCUCAGCCCGCUCACACCUAGUUUUGGUAUAUUGCCACUGGACACUCCAAGUCCAGAAAACUAUCACGUGGCACCGUCACUGUUUACCCCCUCGCCCAUGUCUAUGGGACUUAUUGAUGCCCAACAAAUCGACUCAAAGGCCCCUAUCAAAAAGCCUAUGACGCGACGAAGUCAACAAACCACUGCCACGACGAAACCGCCAGUGUUUAGCCAGUCUGGCAACACGAACACCAGAGAAAUACCUACUCCUAGUCCUCAAGCUACGAUAACGAGUAACGUGCCAGUGGUGCGCAGGAGCUCACGUUUAUACGGAAGUUCUAACUCGGUCAAGGAAAAUAAUAAAAAUCAAAGUCAAAACACGAAGGGACGUUUCCCGAGUCCACGCGUGCCAACGAAAAAAUCGAAAACUAAGACGAGUAAAUCUCAACAGGAGUUGAAUGAGAUCAAUAAGUCUGAAAUGACACCAGAGACGAAACCAUCGACGAUAAGCAGCGCCCAAGCUCAGGUGAUGCAGGUCGUACAGAUGCAGAAGCAGUCGGUCGUUGGCCUGAUGACGUUGCUACGAGACAUAGGCAAGGCCUAUCUUCAUCUUAGUCAGUACGACUGCAAGAAAGCUGUUCAACUCUUCUCGGAGCUCCCCCCUCAACAUCUCAACACUGGAUGGGUACUUUGUCAGAUUGGACGUGCAUAUUUUGAGAUAGCUGAAUAUAAAAAGGCUGAAAAAAUAUUUUCUGAGGUUCGACAGCGAGAGCCGCAUCAUUUGGAGGGGAUGGAAAUCUACAGUACGACACUGUGGCAGUUGGAGCGCGAGGUGCAGCUGUCCACACUCGCACAGGAGUUGACCGAUUAUGAAAAAGAUGCACCCGAGGCAUGGUGUGCCACAGGAAACUGUUUCAGUCUUCAGAAGGAGCAUGACACUGCUAUAAAGUUCUUCCAAAGGGCAAUUCAGGUUGAUCCCACAUUCUCGUAUGCCUACACACUUCUUGGCCACGAGUAUCUGUUGACGGAGGAACUAGAUAAGGCGUUAUCUUGCUUCAGAAAUGCUAUACGGGUAGAUCCAAGAAAGUACAAUGCUUGGUAUGGGUUGGGAAUGAUUUAUUACAAGCAGGAGAAAUUUGCCCUUGCAGAGAUGCAUUGUCGUAAAGCUCUUCAGAUCAACCCGCAAAGUUCGGUGCUAUUAGUUCAUAUUGGCGUGGUUCAGCACGCUCUACAGAAGUCGGAGAGUGCACUGGCCACUUUGAACAAAGCAGUAUCAUUAGAUCCCAAGAACCCGCUGUGUAAAUUCCAUAGAGCAUCUAUAUUAUUUGCCAAUGAUAGACACAAGGAAGCUCUUAAAGAGCUGGAAGAACUCAAAGAAAUUGUCCCGAAAGAAUCGUUGGUCUAUUUUCUCAUAGGAAAGGUGCAUAAAAAGUUGGGCAACAUGGACCUUGCGAUGAUGAACUUCUCCUGGGCUAUGGAUCUUGACCCCAAAGGUGCCAACAACCAAAUUAAGGAAGCGAUAGAUAAAAGAUAUGCUACAGAUGAUGAUGAGACAGUCGCUCAUCUCAAUGAUUCCGUGCUGGAAGCGCGGGAGCCUGGCACGCCACUUGGAGGUGAAUCAAGUCAUGAGGCGUCGAUAAUGGACCUGGAUGAUGUUCAGCUUCAGGCGUUGGAGAGUGAUGAAAGUCUAUAACAGGGAGAAGACAUUUUAAUUUGGAUCUAUAUAUGCCGUAUUGUCUUAUUGAUGCAGGUUGGAAACUGGUAUUAGGAGAUGAGCAGAACACCUUUAGAAAACUGUAUUUCAACUCUUGCUAGCAUACCCAGUAUCAACCAGGUCCAUAAACUGUUUACUAUUGGCCUGCAGUAAUCCUUACUGCUAGAUUUUCCCCAAUUUUUAUCGUUCACGACACUCCCUAUAAGUUUUUGGUUGGUUGCACCUGAAAAAUGAGACGGCUGUUCUGCCCUCGAUUCAGUGAAGGCUUCGUCCCUAAGAUUGGGUCAUGCUGGGCAUUUCACAGUGAAUCUUUUCCCAAGCCAAGUUGGGAUCCAGGCCGUCUGGUCUAUCCGCCAAAACCCCGCGGUAGCGAAAGUUUUAAUGCAGUUUUCAUGUGGUGUCUGAUUCAUGAUGCCUUUUUUCAACGUGGGGUAAACCUACAUGUACGCAUUUACCAAAGUCAGAUCUGAUCAUUGUAAGUGAGGUAUAACAUAGAUAUCAAAACGGAACAAAGUUUUUAUCCUGGGGUAUUGGACCUCAUGUUUAUGAACAACAGCCUCUUGAUACAAACCUUAAAUGAUAGGCAGUUUUGCAAUGAUUGCGAUAUGAAUAUUAAAAUUCAAAUAGAAAAUCAUAAGAAUGUCAUCCUUGAUCAUGUUUAUUUUUGCUUUAUUGAUGUUAUUAAUAUUUAGCAUCAUCAUAUCCUGUGUAGAAACAAAUGCGACGUCAAAAACUAGGAAGUGAAUUGCCCCUCCUUACGCUUUGAUAUCAAGAGGCAUUGUAUAAUUUUGUUAUUUAUUUGUACAUAAUUAGUAUAAUGAAGCUUUGUAAUAAUUGAUAGAUUUUAUGCCUGUAGUCCGAGGCCAAUAAGACUGUCAAUCCCAAAAGGCUCCUGGAGUUUUAUUAGAAAUUUGUUGAUGUUCAUUUUAUUGUAACAUAAAUAACUUGUUGUUGACAUACACAGCUCCAGAUUUUAGGCAAAGAUGCUUGAUGGAGGCUUAUACGCUAGUAUUUAGGUUGGCAAAGUUAUGUUUCAAACAUUAUACUCAGAAGUUCCCUUUCACUGAAAUCUUGUUAAAAUGAAUGUUACUGUCUGAUGUGAGUUCUGUGUCAUUCGCAUGAACACAGUGGCAUGUUGAACUGUCUGAGUCUCAAAGAAUGGAAUCUAAUUGUAAAACUUUUUGGACCACCUUGUAAAGGGCACAAAUUGUCUUUAUUUAUUUAUCAUUAAUAUUUUCCCCUUUGAGCGAAUAGUCUUGGAAAUCUUGUAUGCCACUAAAGCAUGUGUUUGAUCACUGAACAACACUAGCUUAUCAGCAUCCCCCACCCACUUGAACAUAUCAGACAAAAUGGAUUGCAUGUCUGCGCAGAUCUUUGUUGGAAUAUUUGAAAUCGUGAGAUAAUUGAAAAAUUAUAUAACAUAUUAACUAUCAUUGUAACAAAUAAAAAAUACUUUCAUUGGGUAUAAAUUAUGAAUAAGAAGUAGCGUCUGUACAUGGGUACGAUGUAUGCGCAGUGUUUUUGCAAAGGUGAAACAGUAUGAAAAAAUACAAUGCCCUAUUUAUUGGCACGCCAUAUAUGGAAUAUAUUGAAAUGCGGUCAAAAGGAUAGGUAAAAUAGCUUUAGCUUCUGACAUGUCUGGUUUUUAAAAGGGCAAGGGCUCCUUUGCCUUGAUAGAAGAUAACAAUAACAUGCUGUAUAAUGUCCCAAAUUUAAAUUGCGUCACGAGGAAGGAAACAAUGUGAUUCACGUCCGACGUCGUAAGUGUGGGUGUGGUGCGUCGUGAAUGCAGGAUUGGCCAACGCGCGGCCCAUAUGGAAUGCGACAAACUGUACUGGAACCAGAAUUGUCAUGGGUCUGAACAAGAAUAUGUAUAUAUUCAACUAUAUCCAGUUCCGACCUGCUGAAUCUUUUCACAACUGGCUGUGAAACGAUUCAGUAGAUCUGCACCCCAAACCUCUUGGGGUGCAGCUUGCAAACUAUUGUUUAGAUUUGAGACAGUACAUAGUGUGAAUGAUAUUGAGGCCAGGAGUUGAUUAGGUGCCUCAUGAUCUGAAUACAGUUGAACCUUCCCUAGUUGCAGACGCCUCAAUUGGCAGGAAACCCUCUCUUAGGAACAGUGAGUUUUGGUCCCAAAUUGUUCAUUUAUGUACAGUUUGACCACUGCAAUCAGGAGAAUUCCCAAGGACAGCAAUCCCAAGGGUGUCCUUUAUUGAGUUUCUACUGUAUAUGCAUAUGCAUUUAUGUUUUGCCAGCAGUCACUCAGAUGCAGUAUUCAUCUGACCUAUCACCCCAUUCAUCUUUGUCAGAGCCAAGCUCAAGGAUAGUAUUACAUGGUUCUACCAAGAUACUGUAUUGAAUACGUCUCCGCAUGAUAAGGUAAGCACUGCUAUCAACUGGGUCGCAGUGCACCAACUGGGUGUGGUUUAUAAACAGAAUUUCUGUCAGAUGGACAGUACUGCUCAUAGCAGAUCUGUUGGUAUAGGCCUUGGCUCAGUUUUGUCACAACUUGAAGGAGAUAACACCAAGUUGAGUUAACGCUAGCAUUGGUGACAACUUGUUUUUAAAACCGGGGCCUAGAUAAAUAUUGCCCCUCUAAACUGUUGGUCUUACAUGGACCCAGAGUGUGAUUGGCCCAGACAGGUUUGGUCCAAUACCCUUUCGUUUGUAUGUUUGUGUAAGUGUGAAUUAUCUUAUUGUGAGAGGAAGAGGUGGUCGCCAUCCGUUUGUAAAAUUAUGGAGUCUUAGUGAACGGAAUAAAAGUGAAAUAUAGAUA